AUGGGUUGCAAACAGUUCAAAAUUAAACCUAAUAUAUCUGAAAAUACCAAAUCAAACGUAUCACACAUGAACAUCGUUCAAGAUAUAUCAAAUGAACCAGAAGUAAUAAAAACAUAUUCAAAAGUCGUUUAUAGAAAUCCCUUACAUUUGACAACUCAAUUAGUUGUUUCCUCAGUUAUUUCGAAUCAAUCAGAAGAUUCAAUAUCAAAUUCAAAACGUACUUCAUCAAUUAAAUCAAACGAUUAUCAUAACAACACUGAGGGCGAACCUUCAAAGAAGUCUGAUCAACCAAGUAGACUUGAUAGUAAUACUAUAAAUUCAACAUCAAUCGAUUCAAAAGAACCUUCAAUAUCGAACGAACAAAAUUCUAGAUCACACAUCAUGAAUUCAAGCAUUGCUUUUAUUCCAGUAUCAUCGAAUGAAUCUUAUUCUAAUGAUUAUCCUAUUAAUUCACGAUUGCCCAAUUCAAAUAUUGUAGUAUAUCGUCACAGAGGAAACCGGUUCAAUACUCAUCAAGAAUCAAUUCCUAACAGUGUAAACAUUGAAUCAGGUGUAUCUUCAUUUAAGCAUCAUAGUAUCAUUAGUGCAAGAUCGACUGACUCAAAAGAAUCGGUAAAAAUUCCAUUUAAACGCACUCAAGCUACAGUUGUUAGUUCGAAACAAUCAAAUCUUGCAAAUAAAUUAUCCUCUAAUGAAACUUCUAGUGAAUUAGAAGAGGUCGAACUGCAACCUGGAAAAAGUGGUAACCCUCCUGUAGUAGAUAUGCAAGCGAUGACAAAUUAUCUGGUGAAUGUUCUGAAAUCAAAAUCUCCUCAGCUAAGAAAUCCAAAAUUUCGUCACAAUGAAGUCCUUAGCGAAACAACAAGUGGUACAGAGGAAAUUUAA